UGACCAUGUCUGGAAGAGGAAAGGGUGGUGGGAAAGGUCGCGCCAAGGCGAAGUCUCGGUCGUCCCGGGCUGGCCUGCAGUUCCCGGUGGGCCGUGUUCACAGGCUCCUGAGAAAGGGUAACUAUGCUGAGCGUGGGGGUGCCGGAGCGCCGGUCUAUCUGGCUGCGGUGCUGGAGUAUCUGACGGCUGAAAUCCUGGAGCUGGCCGGCAACGCGGCCCGGGACAACAAGAAGACCCGCAUCAUCCCCAGGCACCUGCAGCUGGCCGUGCGCAACGACGAGGAGCUCAACAAGCUGCUGGGAGGGGUGACCAUCGCUCAGGGCGGGGUGCUGCCUAAUAUCCAGGCCGUGCUGCUGCCCAAGAAAACCGCCGCUGCUGGAUCUGCUAAAAAGUGAAGAGACCAUCCUUGAAUCUGACGACCCAAAGGCUCUUUUCAGAGCCACUCACAGCAUCUGUGAAAGGAGCUAUACCGUCAUCUCUGCCGGAUUUGUUUUACUUUUAAUGUAGAGAACUUUGAACCUGAGCUCUGUCAAUUACUAUCGCCUUGUUAUUGAAUAU